AUGUCUCACGGAGAGGACAGAAACGACUCGAUCGCACUUGAGAUCAGACGACCCAUUUCACGCGUGCAGACCUCAGAAUCGAUAUCCAACGCCAAUGCCAACGAAUGGCUGGGUUUCGACGAUCCCGGCAACCCUUACAACUGGUCAGUCCAGAGGAAAUGGGUCAUUACAGCGAUUGCAAUCUUCGCCACAUUUACCACCGUUCUGAAUGGAACCAUCAUCACCGUGGCACACGAGGCCAUUAACGAAGCAUUUAAUGUCAGCGAUGAGCACUUUCCAAACUCAUACUGGCCAGUGGCGAGCUGGGCGCUGGGAGGCGCCAUAUUCUCGCUCGUAGCACUCCCUUUGAUGGAGGACUUUGGAGUGCGACCAGGCUUCCUAGUCACACACCUUGUCUUCAUAUGCUUCAUUAUCCCCCAAGCCCUGGCGCAAAACUUCGCCACUUUAAUCAUAUCAAGGUUCUUUACAGGAGGGUGUGUUUCCAUCCUGUCCAACACCUCAGCAACUGUCAUUGGAAAUAUCUGGGAUGGAGAAAAGGCUCGAACAAUUCCAAUGAGCCUUUACAUCACCGCCUACGUCACAGGAAGUAGCACGGGUCCCGUCAUCGGGGGUGUCAUUUUUCAGUAUUUGAAUUGGCGCUGGAUAUCAUAUUUGCAACUCAUUUGGUAUGGGCUCUUCACUCCGCUCUAUCUCAUCUUUUUCCGCGAAACCAGAGGAUCUGUCAUACUUAGUCAACGGGCCAAAAAAACCGCAGCAAACACCACAACCACUUUUGACCAGAAAGACUUGUCAAUUCAUGCUGCCACCGACAGGCCGACUGCCACUUUGUUUCAGAGAGUCACAAUCAGCGUCAAGCGGCCGUUGUAUAUGCUUUUUACAGAACCAGUUGUUUUCGUCUUCACCCUUUGGUCGGCCUUUACUGUCGGAACAGUCUACGUCUUCACACAGUCGGCUGAACAAGUAUUCGUCGAGCUCUACGGAUGGUCAGCGUCUCAGGCCGGAUACAUCCAAGCGGCCGUCGUGAUCGGUGAAUGCCUCGGAUUGACUGGUGCGCUACUCUCUGCAAAGCUGUAUUUCGCCUCAGCCUCUCGAAACCAUGAGACGCCCGGGAUCCCUAUCCCUGAAGCAAGACUCUACGUCAGCGUUCUCGGUAGUUUUGUAGGAGUUACAGGUGGUAUGUUUGUAUAUGCAUGGACUUCAUACCCCUCCUUCCCAUGGAUCGCACCAGCAAUUGGCCUUGCCAUGGUCGGGUUCGGCAUCGAUAUCGUCGUCAUCGGGAUUGCAGACUACGUAGUCGACUCAUACAGCAAGUAUGCUGGAAGUGCCGUUGCUGCCGUUGUCCUUGGAGAGAAUAUUUUUGCCGCUUUUCUACCCUUAUCGACUAUGGCCAUGUACUCAAACCUUGGCUUUCAAUGGGCGAGUACACUGCUAGGGUUUCUCGCUUUAUUGCUCUCUUUCAUUCCGGUGGUCAUUAUUCCCUUUGGAAGGAGAAUUAGAGCACGCAGUCCUUUUAUGAAAGAGGCUAUAAUUGAUAGACAGAUUGUAUAG